UUUUAGCGUUAACGAGGGAAGUGUUUUGGUCAUGUAGCAAAAUGGAAAGCUGCGAUUUAGCCUUUCAGUAUGGCAAAGAUGCUCUUUCCUAGCCAUGGGACCUACCGAAACACAAAAUUUAACGGUUGUUCUAAGAGUAAGACCCCCAACUGAGCGCCAUGUUGGUAAAGACAGGAUUGUGCAUGUUUUGGAUGGGCAGAUGGUUAUCCUGACGGACCCUAGAGAUGAGGACGACAUCUUGCGAGCAAAACGAUCAAGGGAAAAGCGGUACAUGUUCGACAUAGCAUUCGACAGUUACAAUACUCAACUGGAUGUUUACUUGGCAACAACAAAACCUCUUAUUAGCUCAGUUCUUGAUGGUUUUAAUGCAACAGUUUUUGCAUAUGGUCCUACAGGGACAGGGAAAACAUACACAAUGCUGGGUACUGGUGAUAACCCUGGGAUAAUGGCACUUGCUUUGAAUGAAAUAUUUGCCCUUGUGAGGAAAGGUUCUGAGAAUAGCACCUACACCGUCUACAUGAGCUAUCUUGAGGUUUAUAACGAGCUGAUAAGAGACCUGCUGUGUCCAGAGUCAGGGGAUCUGGAGCUGAGGGAGGACAGUACUGGUGUAACUGUUGCUGGGCUUGAAGAGGUAGAAGCGCAGAGCACAAGAGAAGUUAUGGACAUGUUGAGGGACGGUAACAAGAGGAGAACUACUGAACCAACCUCAGUAAACAAAACUAGCUCCAGAUCUCACGCAGUGCUACAGGUAACUGUAAAGAAGUUGGGUAGAGCACGCUCUCUAACAGAGACAGUAAGCACAGGUAAACUCUACAUGAUAGAUUUAGCAGGGAGCGAGCGAGCAACGCACACUAAAAACAGAGGAACUCGUCUGGUAGAAGGAGCUCACAUUAACAGAUCCCUCCUCGCCCUGGGUAACUGUAUCAAGGCUCUCAGUAACAAUACCUCUUCUUAUGUGAACUAUAGGGACAGUAAACUUACCCGCCUUUUGAAGGACUCGCUGGGAGGAAACUGUCGAACUGUUAUGAUAGCCCACGUGUCACCUGACUGUCACGUGUUCGAUGAGAGCAGGAAUACUCUUCAGUACGCAGAUCGGGCAAAGCGCAUCAAAACCAAGAUUCGACCGAACCUACAGACGGUAUCACAUCACAUCGCCAAAUAUCCCAUUAUUGUGGAGGAAUUACACAAAGAGAUUGCCAGACUGAAAAAAAUAAACAGCAAGGGUUCAGACACUCAGUCACUAGAGUCAGAAUCUGGGAUACUACCUGUAAAAGACAGAGAGUUACUGGAGACAAAACGUGCUCAGCUUGAUAGAGCCUUCAAUAAACAACUGAAGAAUAAAGAAAGACUGUCCAGAUUAGAAGGACAGCAGAAGUUAGGAGGGCACAAAACAGGACACCUCCAAUCCUUACUACACCAACACAUAGAGUCCAGACCUCUGUACAAUAUCCUGCCCCCUAUCCACGGUGCACUGCCUCCCCUCACACCCACCUCAACCUCACAACCUGAACUACUUCCUUCAUCAUCUCAACCUGACCUGUCCUCCUCCCCUCAACCCUUAACACCUGCCUCCCAACUUGAUAUAGAGUCCAAGGAGAUAGAGAUAAGAUCUGCGCUACGUCGGCAGUCUGCUCGCAAGAGAAGAGAGGAGAAUUCUAAGGAUAAACUGUUACGAGUCUCCUCUAAUCUUGCAGAAAAGUACAGGGCCGUUGAAGAGGAUAUAGAAGAUAAAAUACUAGAUACAGAUCACAAGGAACUUCUAGGACUAGUAUCUAAUGUGCACGUGUUAGAACUGCAGCUAGCUGGGAGCAGGGAGCAAGUGCACAGUUUGGGUGCAGUAGUGGAGGAACAGGGACACUGGCUCAACUCCCACUACCAGUAUAAUAUACAGUUACUGGAGGUGGUCAGGACUCAGCAUCAGUUGCUGACUAACAACAAUGUUCAUAAUACUCCUCAACUGGACAAACUUUAUGAAAAACUACAAGAGAGAAGUUUAACACAGUACAACGUACUGCCCCGUAUUAGAAGUGCAGUGAGCAGUAUAACGGCUGAGAGUGAGGAGGAUUCCCCACCUUCCACCCCUCCUCUUAGUGAUCACACUCCUGUGUUCACUAAGACAUACAAUGUGGUUGAUAAGGAUGGAGAAGGAGGAGACAUGAUUAGCAAACUGGAGGAAAGAGACGUUUCACAGACCACUAUGCACGUUCUCUCUACCCCUAGUCUUACAGAGAGAGACCCCACUGUUACCUUGGUAACUAGAGACUCGACCACUCUGAUAGAACGCAACAGAACAGUUACAUUGCCCAACAAAUCUGAUCUAGAGAUCCAGGAAGGGGAGGCUGAUGUUGGGAGUCCUGAGGAGGAAGCUGAGGAAAUUACCAGACCUCCAAUACAAAGCAAAGUAGUUACAUCUCCAAACGAACCAGGGACUACUCCUAAUGUUGUGGAAACAAGCAGCGUUGUAAGGAGCAACAGCAGUGCUAAUAGUCUAGUCAAGAAAGUACAUUUUCCGGAAAAAGAGAUAGCAGAAAAGGAGAAACCGCCGAAGCAGAAAACCAAGAAAGAAAGAGCCGGAGAAGAUGUAGUUGAGGAAACGAGCGGAACAGAAAACCAGGCCAAGAAAAUAGUUAAAUCUCCCUCUCUUACUGGAACAUGGAAAGCUUUGAAAAAAUUGGUCAGAUCCAAAGGAAGCGCGGGUGGUAGAGAAAGUCCAGCUGGAGCCACUCCACAAAGAAAUGGAAUCACACCGCGGGGAGGCGGAGUCACACCCCGGAGAAGUGGAGUCUCACUUCGUAACGAGGAGAAUGGUGUCUCACUUGUGAAAAGUACUAACGAGUUACUUCCAUCCCUCCCUCCGACUGGGAGUUCUCCCGCGCCCGGCAAGCAGGCUAAGAAAGCGAUACAGUUGCAAAGGUUACGAACCCUAAAAACAGAGCCUGUUCUAUCUACUCCACCUAAGCAAAAGCCGCGAGGGAAGAAAACGAAAAACCUCAACAAAGCACACGUAAAAUCAGAUACGCACAUUAAGAUAGCAGAAAAAGCUCGAAUAUACGGUGGUCCAGGAAAUGCCAGAACCCCUCAAACUCGAGGCAGAAAGCAAGGGGGUCCCCAGAGAAAGACAAACAACCCUAAUAUUUCAAUAAAUGGAACAAACAAAAACUUUCCCCUUAAAGUUUUCAGAUGAGCUUAAGGGUAAAAGACAUGACGUAAAUUAAUUAAAUUUUGCGAGAGAUACUACUAUUGGAUUCAGUGUUUUGGCAUGUGCAUGAAGUGAACGCCAACUGGCAGUUCAAUGAUUGUUUUAACAUUUAAAAUUACUGCAAUAACGGUAGUUUUGAAUUCAUAAUUGCUCUUUUUAAAUCUUGGCAGAGCCAAGUAUUUUUUGCGAAACUAAAUGUACUGAUUCCUACGAUUUUAUCAUUUUAAAUUCUAA